AUGUUUACAGUUUCUUCCUCUGGAGUGACAGCAAUAGCUUUCGGAAUUACCGUCGUAGCUCUCUACGUGGCAUACCGAGCUAUCCUACCAAAGCCACUCCCCAAUAUCCCGUACAACCAAGAUGCUGCCGGAAAGCUGUUCGGUGACGUCCCCGAGAUAAUGGGCUAUGUCAUGCGGACGAAGCGAAUAUUUUGCUGGCUAACAUCACUCACCACCCGCCAUCAAAGUCCGAUCGUGCAGGCUUUUAUUAAGCCAGGAGGGCUUCCGUGGGUAGUGGUGACGGAUCCGUUUGAAAGCCAAGACAUCUUACUUCGGCGUAUCAGGGAGUUUGAUCGCAGCGACUUCUUUGGCGAGCUCAUCAAUGGUAUCCUACCGGAGCAGCAUAUUCAGUUCAUCUCAACUGAUCCCAGAUUUAAGAACAAUAGGAACCUAAUCAAUCACUUAAUGGCGCCUACCUUUAUCAAGGAGGUGAGCGCGCCUGAAGUAUACAUGGCGGCCAGCUCUCUAGUAAAGUUAUGGAGACUCAAGAGCAGCAUAGCUCAAGGUCGCCCUUUCUCUGCCCAUCAGGACAUCACCUUUGCCUCGCUCGACUCGAUUUUUGCUUCGUCUUUUGGUUUGAAAGAGUCUGAAGGCAACACGAUCCAGCGCAUCAAGGCAUUGGAGGGCUGGGAGGCUGAUAUCCCUUGUAAUGUUGAUGAAGCAGUCUCAUUCCCGGAGGGCCACGUUCCUGAGAUAUUCUCGGCAGUUCUCACCCUGGCGAACUCAGUCACCGACACCCAACUGUCUCCGGCGCCGGUACUCACUUCAUGGGUCAUACGAAAAUUUCCCUACAUGAGGAAAGCAAAAGCCAUCAAAGACGAAUAUAUUCGCAACAAGGUUGAGGAGUCGGUUAAGCUGAUCAAUGAGGGCCAGACCAAGGCCAAAAGCGCACUCCAUUCCGUCCUCCUCCGCGAGCGCGAUGUCGCGUCUAGGGAAGGGCGGCAACCCGAUUAUCGCAAACGAGCGAUUGCGGAUGAGUUCUUCGGAUUCAUGACGGCUGGCCAUGACACCUCGGCUACCACAAUAGCCUGGGGUGUCAAACUACUCACUGACAACCAAUCGGCCCAAAGUCGCCUUCGGGAUGAUCUGCGAGCUGCUUUCCCCCAGGCUGUCCGAGAGGGACGUGCUUUGACCUAUUCGGAGCUGAUGGAUGCACACAUCCCCUUCCUUGACGCUACAGUGGACGAGAUCCUACGGCAUGCGAACUCGAUUGCCUUUGUUACCAGGCAGGCUCUAAAAGAUACCACUGUCCUUGGCCGUCAUAUCCCCAAGGGUACCAAUGUCUUCCUGAUGGCCAAUGGCCCUGGUUAUUUAGAGCCCAAUAUGAAGCUUAGUGACGAGGUUCGUAGUCCUGGUGCCCGUAAGACGGCCAAGUCGGUGUUAACUGGCACCUGGAGGGAUGAAGAUAUUGCCAUGUUCCGCCCGGAGCGCUGGCUGGAUACGGAUCCGGACACUGGUGCCGAAGUAUACAACUCCAUGGCGGGUCCAUCACUUGCGUUUGGAUUGGGACUUCGAGGGUGCUUUGGGAGGAAACUUGAGAUGAAUGUACUCAAGAUUCACUUUGCCCUUAUUGUAUGGCACUUUGAGCUGCUCCCAACUCCUACUGAAUUGGGUGGCUAUGAGGCCGUGCAGAAGUUUGCACGGGAGCCAACGCAGUGCUAUAUCCGCCUCAAAGAGGUCGGAAUUUAG